GUGAAGGCACAUUCUGUGACUCCAACAUAACGUCACCUGAGAAAACAACCCUGAGCAGGACCAGGACCAGGACAAAAUGGCUGCUUCUCAGGGCCCGCUGACCUUCAGGGAUGUGGCCGUAGACUUCUCUCAGGAGGAGUGGGAAUGCCUGGACCCCGCUCAGCGGACAUUGUACCAGGAUGUGAUGUUGGAGAACUACAGGAACCUGGCCUCCCUGGCUGUCUUAUCUGAGGACAACGAGGCCUUUGUGCCAAAGCCAAAGCUGGAAGAUUUAUUCCCUGAAAUAAUACUGAGUGUAUAUAAUGAAGACAGAAGUUAUCAAUGCAACGCACAUGGGAAAAAUGUUAACCAAGAGUCAAAUCCUAAUAAAUAUCAGAAAACUCAGCUUCCAGAGAACCAUAAUAAGGAUGGAAAACUCUUUGACCAAAUGUCAAAUCCGAAUAUGCAUCAGGUUAUUUAUUCAGUGGAGAAGACAAACAAACAAAACUGA